CGAUUAAUGUACAUAUAGAGAUGUCUAGAAUAGGUGAUGUAUUAUUGUCGGCGGGUGGCGGGCACGCACGGUCGGGCCUCGCACGUCUACGCGCGAUCAUUCGCACGAAGCGCAUGCACCGGACGGCUGCGCGUGCUGUCUCUCUCCUACUUUUUUAUUUCCACCCUCAUUCGAUAUAAGGAAUCCUUUUUUUUUUAAAUAAACAUUGAUUCAACACGUUGGCACCGAGUGAACAGUUAUCUUGAAGUGUUUUCGAUUCAUUAAUCAUAAAUUUACAUUCGUUUAAUAAUUAAUAUAAAUAAACUGUAACUUUGUUAAGUGGAACACGAUCAGGGGCCAGGACUAAAAGUGUAUGUGGUUUUCGGAGGCGUGUGCUGGUUGGGUAUUUAUGUGAUGAGUUCCCCUGGCUUGGAGAUGUCCUUGGAGCACGGGCUUCCCGUCCUCAUGAAGAAGACGCAGAUGAGCGGAGAUCGCGCAGGAUCACCGUGCGGUCUGACAUCGAUACUGCCGAUGUCUUGCCGAGGGCGUGCCGUCGCGUUCGCGCGCCACCUACAAACACGGCUACGUAACCUGAGCGGAACACAGGACGAAGACUGUGAGAGCAGCUGGCUUACCCGAGAAAACGCUCAACUCAACAGACCACCAACCUCCCCGGGACAACGCGACCACGACACUUUCUACGAUUUCGAAUUAGAAUGCGAGAGCCCAUGCAGUCCCAUUGAUGAAUGCGACCAUCCUUUUCCUGAACGAUCCCCCACCGAAGAUCAGGACCUACCUUUCUACGAUGUCGAUUCGGAUCCAGAAAUAAAAGAACAAGCGAAACAGUUAUUGCAACAGAACGAUAAAGGGAAGAACGGAUUUAAAUUCGCUACAGCCUUUUACUCAGAUAGCUCGCCCGUGAAACUUCAGCCAGCCCCACGAGAAAACGGUCAUGUUGAUAAACCACUAUAUUCCCCUAUAACGUUUGAGGGUUGUGCGCGACAGAAAAGUUAUGAUGAAGUUGAUAACGCUACGUCAUCUACGAUACCCAAGACAGAAUUCAGCGCUAUACCGUUUCAUCUCAGUACGACAAUUGACAGUGACUCUGAGUUUGAAUCUGCUAAGAGUGAUCCUUCCGACGCUGCCGAUGAUAUUAUAAAAGUUGAAAAUGGCGUUGAUGAAUUAACAGAUUGCGUAGAAAAUUUAUCACUCAUUGAUGUUGAUAUUCCUAUGGAUGAAGAUGUAUCUCGAGUAGAAACAGUAGAAGAAGAACCAGCAGAAUCUAAAUGUUUGAAAACGGAACCUUUAGAAAUAAUUACCAGUGAAGUUCCUAAUGAAAAAGAAGUAUCCCCUUCUCCAGAAAUUGAACCUUCACUUUUAAGUGUAGAAACUCCGAAUGAAGAACAAGAAACGGAAGAUGAUAAGCCUCAACGCGUCCGACGUUGUUCUUCCUUGAAGACUGGCAAAACCCCACCCGGCACACCGGGACGGAAAAAAAUUGUUCGCUUCGCAGAUGUCCUCGGACUCGAUUUAGCGGACGUAAAAACAUUUAUGGACGAAAUACCGGUAAUCCCGAAAUCUGCUUAUGAUGAUCUCACAGGAUGCGAUGUGCAAAAUUCUCCACCGGUUCGAAGCCCUCAACGACUUGGCGCGCUCACCUUGAUUCCACUUUUUCAGCUGCCGCGGGACGUCACGGACAAACUGGAAAGACAGAAUGUGUGUUUGGAGAGUGCUAGGGUUUGCGAUGGCGUGCACGUAACCGUAUGUGGUUCCGUGCGCGUACGUAACUUGGACUUUCACAAAACCGUACACAUUCGGUACACAAUGAACAGAUGGAGAACUUACACAGACUUGCAGACUACAUACGUUCAAGGGUCCUGCGAUGGUUACUCGGACCGAUUCCAAUUUGUUUUAUACGUUCCGGCUAUAACUUCAGGACAGAGACUCGAAAUCGCCGUGCGAUUCCAGUGUAAAGGGCAGCAAUUCUGGGACAAUAAUUGCGGAGCCAAUUAUUGCUUUGAUUGUUUAGCGCUGGGUGCUGUUCCUAACGCUGCACCUUUAGCUUCAGGGCCACUGCAUCCAGCUGUCGACUGGCACCCGUCAUUCUACUGACGCGGCGCGGAAACAGCGACAUGAACGGAGUAGUGAUUGCGUCGCUUGGAGACGCACGAAGGGCUCGCGUGCCGGCCGCUCGCACUCUCAAUAACAUUCCCGUGUUCGUUCUGACUGCGGACGGUCCGGAGACGAAUGUGGCGCAGAACCCCGAAUCAAUGAGGCUUGAAAGAUGCAAAGCGUUUUUGUGAUAUAGAAAAUUAGUUGUAGAUAUUAUAUCGGGUGUACGACUCGUUUUCAGAAUGCGAUUUGCAAUAACGAUUUGUCGAGUUACUGUAUGUCAAAUGUACCGAUUAUACUGUUAUCAUGUAGAGUGUCCUCCGAUAGGACAAUAAAUUGUGAUCGUUAGCGGUGGCGAGGCUUGAGAGGUCAGAGGCACGAGGGCUGCCGUCGAUGUUCCUUUUUGUGUGUAAAUAUUAUAUUAAGAAAUACGAAAUGAAUGAUAUUAAUAUUUUAAUACAAUUUUAUACAAAUUUAGAUUUUAGAAAUAGUCCCUGUUAUGUCAAUAUCGGAUAUGCCUAACGGAAGAUAAUAAUGAAAAGAGAAAAAAAUAUAUAUAUUUGAAUCGAAUGUUGAGAAUAAAAUAAUAUUUAAUAGAUUUAUUGAUAGUAUUUUUGAUUACAGAAUAUUAUUGAAUCAGAAAGUAAUAUAAAAUGUGAAAUUAUUAUUGCAGACAUCAAAUGCGCAGUCGAUAACUCUUCCUAUGUGUUAAAAUUUUACUAAAUUGUAUUCUAUAAUUAAAAGUUAUCAUUGUACUGAUGUUAUAAUCUGAAUUAAUUAUGUACAUACUUUUUUAUAUUUUUAUAUUUGUGUAAAUUCAUGACAUAGCUUCCUACGAGAACUGAUUAAAUUAUAUCUAAUUUGGUUUCGAAGAUAUUAAGUGAAAUUAUUUAGGAAUUAUUAAAAGUAAAUUAUUGUUAUUUUAUAAGAAAUAAUUUAGCUAUAUAAAUUAGACCGUCUAUUGUUUUGUUUGUACCUGAAUUUAUAAAAUCGUUGCCAUAUUAAUUUUAAACGAACGCGAUAUCGCAGUCCUAAAUAAAUAAAUCGUCAGUGUUAAUAUAUUAUGACUUCUGUUUGAAUAAAUACCUACCUAAUAAAUUAAUGUGCAUAAUUA